ACUGCAGUUGAGCAGAGGAAGUCUACAUGAAUGUGAGAGAGCGGCGGCGUUUCCGGUGUGAGCUGUCGAAAGAGGAAGAGCGCUUCUGAGGGUAGCAGUUUAGCGUCCUCGCCGCUCCCUGCCCUGAACUCUGACAAACGGAUCCUUCUUCUGGAGGGUCGGGCCUCGGACCGCAUCUACUGAGCGCGCUCCUCGUUCGUAGUAUCGCCCUUAUUCCCCCGGCUGAGUCUGUGCCGCCGGUGCCGUGCCUCGUGGUGGUGGUGGUAGUCUGCAUUUGCUGUGGCAGUCGGUCUGCAGCUGAGUAUCGCUGUUUGAGUGCCCCGCCCAUGUUGUUCCGGCUGACCGAGGAUGGAUAACGGACAGGACUGUGUUCAGAUCGGCGAGAACAAGUUCAUCAGCAAGACUACCCUGCUGAUGCACCUCAAGACUUACAAUUUGUACUACGAGGGACAAAACCUUCAGCUCAGACACAGAGAGGAGGAAGAGGAGUUGAUUGUUGAAGGGUUGCUCAACAUCUCCUGGGGUUUGAAGCGGCCAAUCCGCUUGCAGAUGCAGGAUGACAAUGAGCGAAUCAAACCCCCGCCUUCUUCCACAUCUUGGCAUUCAGGCUGCAACUUGGGCACCCAAAGUAUGGAGACUCAGCCAGUCCCGAGCACUCAGCCAGUCCCGCCUACCAUUGAAGUGACAGAGUCCGAGGACCUACCAGAACAAUGCUCUGAGAAGGAAGCGGAAAUGGGAGAGGAGUAUGAGGGCUCUUCUCAGAUCCUGAGGACCAAGAGCGACGCUGGCGUUUUGAGAAGAGGCGCCCGGCGGUCGGCGAGCGAUCAGCGCAAAAUCAGGCGUCACAGAUUCUCCAUCAACGGCCACUUCUACAACCACAAGACGGCAGUCUUCACCCCGGCGUACGGCUCCGUCACUAACGUUCGCAUCAACAGCUGCAUGACCACGCCUCAGGUCCUGCGCGUGCUGCUCAACAAGUUCAAGAUCGAGAACAGCCCGGAUGACUUCGCGCUCUACCUGGUGCACACCAGUGGGGAGCGUGUCCAGCUGAAGCGAUCUGAUCACCCCCUGGUGCUGCGGGUGCUGCAGGGUCCGUGUGAGCAGGUCAGCAGGAUCUUCCUCAUGGAGCAGGAUCUGGCGGAGGAGGUCACCUACGAUGUGGCACAGUAUAUAAAGUUUGAGAUGCCCGUGCUUCAGAGUUUCAUCACAAAACUCAAGGAAGAGGAGGACAGGGAGGUCCAAAAACUCAGGACCAGGUACACCUCUCUCCGUUGUUUGAUUCAGAGGAAGCUACAGCGUCUUCCAGAGGGGCCUACUUGUAUGUGACUCCACCCUCAGACCCCCAACGGACGCCCAGACCCCCUCUGCACUUCUUCCUACAUCACUUCCUGCCAUCACAAUAACCUUCCCCUUCUCCGUCCAGUAGAAGACUGGUAAUACCAUUCCUUCCCCCUCCACCCCCCUGACCCUUCCUAACAUUUCGUGAGAGGACCUACUGUAGCAUUUCCUCAAAGAGCAAUAAUAAUGAUAGAGAGAUCAUUUGCAGACCUAACGGUUGCAAACGUAUCUCUUAUGGCACUUUUCCUGUGGACAUACAUGGUAACAUGAGUCAAACCAGCCAAAACAAACUCAUAUGCAAAUAAAACAAAGCACAUUCCACAAAAUGAACUUUCCAAUCUAGUUUUGACUAAUUGGUUGGUUUAAGAAUUAUAAGUGAAGAAUUAUAUUUUUGACCCAACUCUUGACCCUUAUCUUGGAAAACAGACCACUAGAUUUUUUUUUCUGCUGCCAUUCUGCCAAUCCUGACAAGCCCCGCCCUUCUAAGAACUGCUUUGGAAACAGAAAUAAGAACUGAAAUCUGUCCCUGGGAAUGUGGGAGAUUGUGAUGUCACAAAUGAGAACAUCCAGCAUUCUCAUCCCCUACUCUGAACAUUGUAACGCUUGUCUUUUGAGGGGAAGCAGUGUGUUCCUGUCUAAUUCUUGGUUUUAAGAACUGCCUGCUGUUUCUGAGUCCCAUGUCAUGUUCCUCUGGCUGAAGGUGUCAGGACGUCAAAAAGUGGAAUCUGUCCAUUUAUGGCCCUUCCUAAUUUGUAAAUUGAAUUUUUUUGGGAAUUAGCAGUGGUGAUUUAUCUCUUCUGUGCCCCACAGCUAACUGCCACCACCAGUUAUAAAUGAAAAAUAAAAAAAACAUUAAGUUCUUUUCUUUUUUAUUAGAAAUGCCCUUUUUGCUUUUCACGUGACACAGUCCCCUAGAUUCUACAAACACUUGGCUAACUAGCUAUCUGUUAAAUCUAAUGUUGCUUUAACUACAGUGCAGUGCAUUUAGUUGAAAAUUGGGUGCAGAGUUAUAGACGUGUAGGUAACUGCUGGAUUGUUUACUGGAAUUUAGGACAUGCUCUUAUCAAUGAUUUACAAUGCAAACACCAGUGUUUUGACAUUCUUGACAUUGGUCAGUUAACCAACAAAUGUAAAUAAUAUUGGUAACGAUAAAUGUACACAGGAUGGAUUGGCGGCCUGUCCAGGGUGUAUUCACAGGGCCUCUCGCCCAAUGCACGCUGGGAUAGGCUCCAGCGCCCCCUGUGACCCUGUCCAGGAUAAGCGGGUAUAGAUAAUGGAUGGAUGGAAAUGUACAUAGGUACACUGACACUCUUGGCAGAGCUAAGAAGUGAAAUAACUAGGUAUCAGACUUCUUCCCACAAACAACUCAGUAAACUAUUUGGUCAGUUGAGAGAUUAAAGUAUGAAUGAGAAUUUCAAUUAUUUUGGAAGGGAAUGGUUUCAUUUUUUUUACUGUAGUUUCUUUUAAUAUUGAAUUUAUCAAGAGAAUGUUUUUGAUUUUUUUUUUUAAAUACUUGAUUAAUUGAAUCUUUAUGUGAAUAGGUUGUAUUAAAACUUCCACCACUGGUACACAGAAAUGGAUGACUUUGACAGGGAAGCCUAAAUGUUAUCUGUGCUGAAUUCUGCGAACUUUUUAUGUUUGUGUUUCUGCUGAAUUUGAAGCCUGAUUUAUUGGAAUUUCACGAAGCUCUACCUUGUGAAGCACAGCAGCAGCAGCUGCGGGUUUUUGAAAAAUCUGUAGGACAAAUAAAGAUUCUCUUUAAAGGAGGGAUAUUGCAGAGGAUUGUGAAGAGAGUUGGCUACAACACAUUGUUUUGUUCUUUUUUAAGGUUGCAUGAGAGUGUACAGUCAGACAUGUAUCUGCUUGUCUUUGUGUAUACCUGGCAAUGUCAGAGAAUGUGUGCGUGUGUGUCUGUGUGUGUGUUCAUGCUAUCUGACUGCAAAUGUCAAGUUUAUAAGUUUUGUUUUAUGACAGAGAAUAUGUAUCACGGACCAUCUGUACAUCUAUAUGUACUUCUGGUGAAGCAACACGAUUUCCAGAUGUGCGUGUGUGUGCGCGUGCACGCGUGUGUAUGUGUGUGUGUGUGUCUGAUUGUAUUUUUGCUAUUUGUAUUACAAUAGGUUGCUUUACAUUGUGACUGGUUUAAUGUUUCCUGUGAGAGGACCCCUUGCAUUUGCUGUAGGAAAGGGCACAUGUGACAGCUCUCGUAAAAGGGAAAUGUUCUUGACUUUUUAUGAUGAUUAUCAUUAUUCAAUAAAGACUUUUGUUUAAAAUGUA